AUGUUUGUUGAUGGCGGGUCCAGUUCCACUGGUGUCAAUGAUCAGAGAGAUGUUAAGGUCGAUGGCAUGGAAGCGUUGAAGCAGCAGUACGAUGGAGGUGCCGAUGGUGACUGUGUUGACAGCGUGGAGCCGGACAAAAUGGUUCUGAGCGAUGAACACAUGUUCAACAUCGGACCUGACAUUCCCGAGGCCGACGCACAGGCUCUGAACGACUUUCUAGAUGCCGAUGCAUCGAUCGCGGACAUUCCACCUCAUCAGCUGGCCUACGAAGUGGAAUCCGAGAGUGUUGCAGAACGCCUGGUCGAGGCGCAGGGGAUCUAG